CGCCUUUCCCCUUGGCUAUUUAAGCUGGAAGAGCAGUUCGCCGCCUUCCAAGCUCGAGUCCUCCGUUCCGUUCCAGAUAAAUCCGGUUCGGUUCUUUUUCUCCGUGGGGCUCGACCGCUUCCAUCACGCUCUCGGAAGGAUGGCGUUCGUCGACGCCGACAAGCUCAGUUACGAGAUCUUCUCCGUCCUCGAGAGCAAGUUCCUCUUCGGCCUCGACGACCCCAACAAGCUCUUCUUCCCCACUUCCUCCUACUCCUCAGCUGGCGCCUCCCCCCGGACCGCCGCAGGUGCCCGAGGAAGGAUCCGGAUCCUGUCCAUCGACGGCGGCGGCAGCCCCUCCGAUGCCCUCCUCGCCGCGGUCGCCCUCGCCCGGCUCGGGUCCUCCCUCCGUCACCGUUCCGGCGACCCAUCCGCCCGCGUUGCCUACAUGUUCGACGUCGCGGCCGGCUCCGGCGCCGGCGGCGUCCUCGUCGCGAUGCUCUUUACCAGGGACCACGACGGUCGGCCCUUGUUCUCCGCAACCGACGCCCUGCACCUCCUCCUCUCCGAGAGCCGCCGCCGCGGGCGCGGCUUCUCCUCCGGGAGGGGCCUAUUCCGUGGGAUGUUCCGUCGACCCGGGAGUUUCUUCCGUCGGAUCUUCGGCGACGCGACGCUGAGGGACACCGUCAAGCCGGUGCUCAUCCCGUGCUACGAUCUCGCCACGGGGGCGCCGUUCCUCUUCUCGCGGGCUGACGCGGUAGAGGCAGACGGGUACGACUUCCGGAUGUGGGAAGUGUGCGCGGCCACGUGCGCCGACGCAUCCACCGCGGCGGUCGAUCUGCGGUCGGUGGACGGGCGGACGCGCGUCACCGCGGUGGGCGCCGGGGUGGCGAUGGCCAACCCUGUGGCCGCGGCCAUCACGCACGUCCUCCACAACAAGCCGGAGUUCCCGUUCGCGGCCGGGGUGGAAGACCUCAUGGUGGUGUCUCUCGGCGCUUCCGCCCCCGCGCCAGCCGCACCGGGUGCCGCUGAGCUCGUCAGGAUCGCUGGCGAGGGCUUCGCCGACAUGAUUAACUCAUCAAAAGCCGUGGCUUUUGUGAUCAUCGUCAGGUGGAUCAAGCGGUGGCGACGGCAUUCGGACACCGUAGAGCAAGCAAUUACCUGCGCAUACAGGUAAACCUUCGACUUCCGUGAGCAAACUAUACCUACUGUUGGGGUAAACAACUUUAUGCCAUGGUCUCGGGACCGACGCGGCUUGUUCUGGGUCCGAAUGACGGAAAUCCCCCGGGAGAUUCCUCGGAACAGUAGAGGUCGUCGACCCGCUGGUCAAUUUGGCCGGGGAGAGGGGUCGUCGUUUUCUCCGGAAAAGGACUCCCCGCCUGUACGUCCGGCGAGACACGCCUCGUCUUCGUUCCUACACACAGGUCGGGUCGGAAGCUCGGCCCGACCCCUCCGACGAUCAAGUUAAUGAUGUCCGACCCGACCCCUCUGACGAUCAAGUUAGUGAUGUGGAGAAGAGUGCUCUAUCUUUUUUUCCUUUUCUCUCGUAUCUUAGAACGCGACGGUAUUUAUAAGGGGUUUGAGUGUUACCGGAUGCACCUGCCCACUGGGAGCAGAGUCGUAUCCCCUGAUGACGUCUGACAUUGCUGUUGGCGUGUCGUGAUGAGGCGAGUCUGAGCGAUCGUUGAUGGGCCUCGGUUGGCGUUCCAGCCCAUGCUGGUCAGGCGUUGUCAACCCGUCAAAGGUGCGGGGCAUCAGCUGAUAUCACGAGGGUCUUGUCAUAAUUAUUGCCCUUAUCACCUAUAAUAACGUGGUUAUAGCCACAGCCGAUGGAUUGUUC